AUGGCCAUUAUUCUCCCCCUCCUCAUCCCCGUUUUCUACGCCCUUCAGCAUUUCUACCUCCGUACCUCACGGCAAAUGCGUCUCCUUGACAUCGAGUACAAGGCCCCGCUCUACUCCCAGUUGAUUGAGACACUUGAAGGUCUGGCAACCAUCAGGGCGUUUAAGUGGGAAGACGACUUUGAGAAGACGAACAUGCACCGCCUGGAUAACUCUCAGCGGCCCAGCUAUCUACUCACUUGUCUCCAGCGUUGGCUGACAUUCUCCGUGGAUAUGGUCAUCGCGGUCAUCGCGCUCGUAUUGAUUGUGCUGGUCACGACCCUGCGAGAGCAGAUCGGGCCUGGGUUUGUUGGCAUUGCGCUGACCAACGUCUUGUCUUUCAGCGGCACGGUAAAGGCGAUCAUCACGUCAUGGGUCAUGUUGGAGGUGUCACUCGGCGCGGUUGCGCGGGUGAGAAACUUUGCUUUGACUACGAGACCUGAAGGAGAUUCCGAUAACUGUCUCACUGAGCCGGAAGAUGAGUGGCCCAGCCAAGGGGCGGUCAAAUUUCGUGGUGCAACGGCGUCAUAUUCGUGA